ACAGGGAGGAACUAUUUGGUAUUUUCCUAUAAAUGCGCUAAUUUUUGUUUUUUUGUUGCUAAAUAUUUUCUGUUGCUAAAUGUUGUGUGUUGCUAAAUAUUUUAUUUUGCUAAAUGUUUUCCGUUGUCUGCCCUCAUGAACAUGACUUUCUAGAUUCCAUCUACAAUGAACCACUGAAAUAGAAUGGUGUCUAGAGCUGACUCUAUUAUUUUAUUCUCAAUCACAGAGAAACACAAUAUGUUUCUAUAGUGUUGAACUUUAGUAUUGAGCCCUAUGUGUGACGGCUCCAGGACCAGCGAGUGGAGAUCUUCAUGGUGGGGGACAUUGCGGCUGCUCAGUACCCGGACUAUAGCACCUGGAACAGGGCAAGGCUCCUGGGGGUGAUGGGCUCUGGCUUGGUGGACCUCCACAAUGUCGACUUUGGAGACAAUAUUGAACAACCCAGGGACAGUCUACAAAGUAUGAGGAGUGACUUCCUCAGCCUACCAUUCCAGGUCAUCGAGUGCAGCUUAGCUGGAGUCAACCCAGUGGAGACCCCUGUGGAGAGAAGUCCUGGAUGACUUUGACCGUCUGACAUAUGUUGCCGAGUGGAGACCCCUGCUGGCCAAACUGUGCAGCUACACCCACUCUGGCUCAGUGUACUGUAUAGCUCUACGACAACACAGAGGGCAAGAUCAGUACUAACCUGGACUGGGGUGGGAAAUGACACUGUAUGUCUCGCCUAUCUCUCUCUCUCUGGAAGAUGCCUUGUCAUUUGUCUCUUAUCGUGAUCUCCCCCUUUGUGUGUGACUGGUUUCUCGUUCUCUCCCUGUCAGAUUGUGGAUCUAGGAGAGGAGGUGGUGAGUCUUGUCCAUGCUGUGCCUAGCCAGGAUAAUUGGAACGGUAGGGGUGACAGGGACGACCCCGGAUCACCACAGAGGAUGUUGGAUGAUGUGAUGGGAGCCUGUCCUUCAUCAGCUUAUCAGGUUCUUUGAGGCCUCUGGAGCUGCAGCGGGCUGAUGUUGAAGACAACCCCUCCUCUCCCCAGACCACCAGGUCUCAGGCCAGCGCUUUCACACGCUCAACCGAACCACCAACCUCUACAGCAUCUUUGUGUCCCAGCUGCCGCUCACACACACUUACUUGAAUGUAUUAUUGUUUUAUUUUUUGGAAUAGUAAAUCAUACAAUCUACUUGGAGUGAAGCCGCCUCAACAUCUACAUCACAUUCACUCAUCUAACAGACUCCCGUCCAGAGCGACACACAGAAGCAACCAGGGUCAACGCCCUGCUCAAGGGCACGUCGACAGAUCUCUCACAAGAUCAAAAUCGGGGACCCGAACCAGUGACCUAUCAGCCACUGGGCCAAGCUCCCAACCGCCAGGCCACCAGCCCUCCAAAAUGAAAUCAUUCCAUUCCCCACCCCACCCCCAAGACCGCCCCCCCCCAAGCCCCCAUCACCCAAUGCACCAACAACCAAAAAAAUAAACAAAAGAGAAAAAGACAAAGACAAAGAAAAACAAAAGACAUGAAGGACAACAAAAAUCACAACAGCAAGGCCAACUAAAUAUGUUUGAGUGCAUGUAUGGCACUAUUUACCUGUGUGUGUGUCCAUGUAUGUGCACACGUGUGCAUUUGAAUGCGAGUGUGUGUAUAUGCAUGUGUACAAACACAUGCACGGUAUCAGCCUCAGGCAAACCGGUAUGAGCUGUAAAAACGCUGCCCCUCAAUUUCAUUCAAAUAUACUUUUUGUUAUGUUUUAUUUUGACUUUAUUGAAUUUUUUUGAUACUUUUUUCUUUGACAGUCAUUCUAUCCCCGCCCAGCAACUCCUCUCCCUCUUGUCUCCAAUUCCACAUCCCAACCCUUAGCCCCUCCCACCUAUCUCUGUUGGCCACCCUCUUUGGAUUUCUACGCACCAUAAACGUCUUUCAACUAUGCUGUGAUGUUUAAUAUACAAUUUCAAUCUAUCUAAUUGAAUAGAAUCCACAGAUUGCAAGUUGAAGAUAAAUACUUUUACUAAGAAUAUUAGUAUAUUAUUAAUUGACUGACCCAGUCUCUCCAGAUCUCCUAACAGUACUAUUUCUAGGGUCAGUUUUAGAUCAAUGCUAUGGAUUUCCAGAGGUUCCUGAACCUGAGACCAGAAACAGGCUACCUGAGGGAAGUACCAAAAUAAAUGGUCUAUUGAUUCUGCAUCCUCACAACAUUAUCUGCAGAGCUUCGAUGAUUGAAUGCCCCAAAUAUUCAACUUUUUGUUGGUGGCAAGAAUUCUAUAUAAUCAUUUUUGCUGAAAUUCUUGAAUCUUGCUUCGUUUUAUAUAUCAACUCAUACACCCUGUACCAUGGAAUUGGUACAUCAAAAAUCCAUUUUGCAAUCGGUAUGGCACAGCUGUCAACAUCCUGGUCCUCAAAUGAAACUGGUAUACCUUUUAAGAAUAUUUUUAUUCCUCUGCCAUUUUUGAUCCUUUAUAUUGGGCAGACAGACCAGUUCCCUACUUCCUCCCGCUGCCACCUGCCUCCUCCAUUUUUGGGGUAAUGCUGUAAUCAAUUGGUUUUAAUCUUGGAUUGAGCAGACCUUCCCAUACAAUUCUGCUAACUCCAUGAAAGACAACUCUACCAUUCCAAUUUACAAUAUAAUUUAAAAUCAAAAUACUCUUUUCAAACAUCUUGACCAUAAAUACAGGUAUUUUAUUAACCAGGUUUUAUCAAUAGGUGCCCUUCUUUACGAGGUAUUGGAAAACCUCCCUGGUUUUUGUGGUUGAAUCUGUGUUUGAAAUUCACUGCUCAACAGAGGGACCUUACAGAUAAUUGUAUUUUGUGGGGUACAGAGAUGAGGUCGUCGUUCAAAAGUCAUGUUAACCACUAUUAUUGCACACAGAGUGAGUCCAUUCAACUUAUGUGACUUGUUAAGGAACUUUUUACUCAUGAACUUAUUUAGGCUUGACAUAACAAUGGGGUUGAAUACGACAUUUCAGCUUUUCAUUUUCUAUUAAUUUGUAUAUAGGCUAGUGACACAAAAUCUAAAUGUAAUCCAUUUUAAAUUCAGGCUGUAACACAACAAAAAUUUAGAAAAAGUCUCGGGGUGUGAAUACUUUCUGAAGCCACUGUAGGUAAUUGUGGCUAAUGUUUGGAUUGUGUUGUUUGGUUUUCACUUAUUUUCUAUCUGUAUGGAAAUGCAAAAUGUACGCCUCUGUAAUAUUGUGCUUCAGAUGUUUAUGUUGUGAGAAAGAAUUAAGAGUUAAGGUUUUUCUGAUUUUAUUUCAAAGUACACUACAAAGUCAUUUUAAAUUGAAUCUUGAAUUGGAACCUUUUGCCAGUUUACUUUGAUCCUUUUACUUUUACGAUCAAAGAUUGUGGUAAUUUAACUGUAAGGAGGGUAAUU